AGAGGAAUAAGAUGAAGCAGUGAAAUUUAAUAUUUUUAUAACUACAAGAUCCCUCCUUCUUCGGCCUUUAUUCCAUCACAGGAAGCAACAGAGGCCUCGGCGUUAUCACCUGCAAACAUCAAGAGUCAAAGCACUCAUAGCUUGAGACCUUUCUUCUUUCUUCUUCGCAUCUCUCUUACAUUCUCUCUAUACCACGGUGCUUCGCGGACUUUUCUCUCAAAAUUCAAACUUUUCUUCUCAAUUUAGCUAUUACAGCUACUUGUAUUGCUUUGAUGUUGUGGGCAGUAUGCUGAUAAUUGUUGGGGGCAAUGCAAAGGUAUCAUACUGGCAGCUCCACUGGUGCAGUUAGCAGCAGUGCCCUAAGCAGACAAUCUGUUAGGGACACUGGAAGAGCUGAUUCAUCUUCCUUGCUUUCUAACUAUUCUGUAAGUUCAAGACGACAACCUCAGCUAAACCCAUACAAGUUGAAGUGUGAUAAAGAGCCUCUAAACACCAGACUUGGGUCACCAGACUUUUUUCCCCAAGCACCAAAUUGCCCCGAGGAGACUCUGACAAGAGGCUAUGUGCAAUCUGGAUAUAGGGAAACGGUUGAGGGCCUUGAGGAAGCUAGAGAAGUUUCAUUGAAUCAGGUUUCAAAUUUCAACAAGGCAGUUAUUAUAAAUUGUAAAGAGGCUGUUAAGAAACGUCUAAGGGCCAUUAAUGAAUCUCGUGUUCAGAAGCGGAAGGCUGGUCAGGUCUAUGGGGUGGCUCUUUCAGGAACCCAACUCAACAGGCCUGGCAUCUUCCCUGAACAAAGGCCAGCUGGUGAAGACUUCCGUGAAAAAUGGAUUGAGGGCUUGUCUCAGCAGCACAAGCGUCUACGCUCUUUGUCUGAUCAUGUUCCUCAUGGAUUUAGAAAGAAACUGCUUUUAGAAGUUCUUAUCAAGAAUAAUGUGCCAUUGUUAAGGGCAACUUGGUUUAUCAAAGUUACUUAUCUGAAUCAGGUUCGGUCUGGUUCUGCUAGUAUUUCUUCAGGGAUUGCUGCUCGUUCUGAGAAUUGGACCAAAGAUGUUGUUGAUUACUUGCAAUCUCUUCUGGAUGAAUUUAUCUCCAAAGAUGCUUCUGAUCCUGCCCAUUCUAGUCGUGAUUGUUCACCACAAAUGCACCAUGCAGGAUCAUUGCAGCACAGAAGUGACCGUGGCUCAUCAGUCUCUGAUAAUGGGGAGCCAUCUGUGUAUUUUAAAUGGUGGUAUGCCGUGCGGCUUUUGCAAUGGCAUCAUGCUGAAGGGCUGCUUCUUCCCUCUCUUGUUAUUGAUUGGGUUCUGAAUCAACUACAGGAAAAAGCAUCCACAGAGAUUUUGCAGCUGCUAUUGCCUAUCAUAUAUGGCUUUUUAGAAACUGUUGUUCUGUCUCAAACAUAUGUACGUAAUCUUGCUGGAAUGGCUCUUCGAAUCAUCUGUGAUCCUGCUCCAGGAGGAUCAGAUCUUGUAGAUAAUUCUCGGAGGGCAUAUACAACUUGUACUCUGAUUGAGAUGCUCCAGUUUUUGAUAUUUGCUGCACCAGAUACAUUUGUUGCUUUGGAUUGCUUUCCUUUACCAUCUUCGGUUGUUUCACAUCCAGUAAAUGAUGGAAGUUUUACGCUGAAAGCAUCUGAAGUUGAAGGGAAGAUAAAAAGUAGUUCAGAAGAUGUUACCUGUCUAUUUAAGAGUAAAGGAUUUGAUUCACGAUAUCAAUCAUUGGCAUUUGAUCACAUAAUUUCAUGCAUUCAAAAGCAUGCACAUGAUCUUGCAAAGGCUACAAGCUCAGUCUAUCCAGGUCAUUGUCUGGCUAAAGCUGUACAAUCUUUGGACAAAUCUCUUGGGGUGGGUGAUGUAUGUGGAACUUAUAAACUCCUUUUUGAUGAUCGAUGUGAUGGAACUGUGCAUGAAGGUUGGGCUGCAAAAAUUAGCCCUUGCUUGAGAUUAUCGUUGAAGUGGGUGGGCACCAUAAAUUCUUCAUUUAUGCAUUCAGUGUUUGUCCUUUGUGAGUGGGCAACAUGUGAUUUCAGGGAUUUUCGAACUGCUCCUCCAUGUAAUAUAAAACUCACAGGCAGGAAAGAUCUUUCUCAAGUGCAUAUAGCAGUUAGACUUCUAAAGAUGAAGUUGAAGGAUAUGUAUGUUUCACGAAGACAAAAGAAUAGAAGCAUUAACAGAAUUAUGAAACUGGCAAAAUCUCCAAAUCUGCGGACUCCUCGAAAGUUAAUGUGUAAUAUAUUAAAAGUAAAACUGAACUCAAAACAUAGUGACUCAAGUUCUAAUUCUUCACUUAUAUUUGAAAGCCCAGGGCCUUUGCAUGAUAUUAUAGUUUGUUGGAUUGAUCAGCAUUCAGUACAUAAAGGGGAAGGUCUCAAACGCCUAAAUCUAUUCAUAGUGGAACUCAUACGAGCAGGGAUUUUUAACCCCUUCGCAUAUGUGCGGCAGCUAAUUGUUAGUGGGAUCAUGGAUAUGAAUGUAAAUUUGGUUAACCUGGAGAGAUGUAAAAGACACUACCGAAUUUUGAAGCAGCUUCCUGGUGACUUCUUGCAUAAUGCUUUGGAAGAAUCAGGGAUUGUUGAAGGAAUGCUGCUAGAGGAAGCCUUGCAAAUUUACUUGAAUGAACGUCGGCUUAUACUCCGUGGUUCGUUUAGUGAACAAUGUGAUGCUGCUGCUGCUAUUCCAUCUUCAUUUAAGCAAAAGCACAAUCCAUCUUCCGCAAAGGAUGCAGCUUCUACAUUCAGAGAUGUUGAAGAAUUGAAAGCAGCCAUCACAGCACUAUUACAACUGCCUAGCACUUUAUCAGAUUUGGGUGAUGCAGGGUUGGAUGAAUCUCAGGGAAGUGUUCGAAGUAUUUUGUCUCCUUACAGCAAGAUUGAUCCUGUGGAAGGUACACUUGGUUGUGAAGAAUGUAGAAGGGCAAAGAGACAAAAAAUAAGUGAGGAACGAAACUCAUCUGUUCAGGGUCAUUCAAUAGUUUUAUCUGAUGAAAAAGAUGCUUGGUGGAUUAAGAAGGGGAUGAAAUCUUUGGAGUCUCUCAAAGUUGAUGAACCAGUGAAGUCAACCAAGCAACCUACCAAGAGCCGGCAUAAGAGUGUUCAUAAAACCAAUAGUCUUGCUCAGCUGGCAGCUGCCAGAAUUGAGGGUAGCCAGGGGGCAUCAACAAGCCAUGUAUGUGAUAAUAAGGUAAGUUGCCCUCACCAUAAAACUGCAAUGGAUGGGGAUAUGCCAAUGUCGGUGGAUGGAAUCCAAGCAAUUCCCUACGAGGAUAUUGUCUCAAUUGGAAGAGAUCUUAAACGGCUUCGCUUUGUUGAGAAACGGGCAAUAGCAAUUUGGCUGGUGAAUGAAGUCAGGCUGCUAGUUCAGGCAAUUGAAAAGAAUACUGGUCAAAUUGGCCAGUUUGGCCGGCCUUUUGCUGUUGCUGAUGAUAGAAGCACAAUACGAUGGAAACUUGGGGAGGAUGAACUUUCUACAAUACUUUAUCUGAUGGAUAUCUCUGAUGAUUUAGUGUCAGCAGUCAAGUUCCUUCUAUGGUUGCUGCCGAAGGUUCCCAGUAGCCCCAGCUUUACAAUUCAUAAUGGGAGGAAUGUUCCAGUGAUGCCAAGGAAUGUAGAUGGCCAAGUUUGUGAUGUGGGAGAGGCUUUUUUGUUAUCAUCACUGAGAAGGUAUGAGAACAUUCUUGCUGCUGCCGAUCUUGUUCCCAAAGCUCUGUCAGCUGCGAUGCAUCGUACCACAGCCAUUAUGGCAUCCAAUGGAAGGAUUUCAGGUUCAGCGGUGCUAGCCUUUUCUUGUUAUCUAUUGAAGAAAUAUAGCAAUGUGGCUAGUGUCAUUGACUGGGAGAAGACUUUUAAGGCUACAAGCGAUAGAAGACUUUCUUCUGAGCUUGAUUUUGGAAGGUCAAUGGAUGGAGAGUCAGGGUUUCCCCUGGGAGUUCCUAAGGGAGUUGAGGAUCUUGAUGACUUUUUCCGUCAAAAGAUAACUGGGGGCCGUUCAUCCAGAAUAGGAUUGGGCAUGAGAGACAUAGUGCAACGUAAUGUAGAGGAGGCAUUGAAUUAUCUUGUUGGAAAGGAAAGAAAGCCCGUUGAUGGGGCACCAAAAGGUCCUGCUAUGGAAAAAUGGGAUAAUGGAUAUAAAAUUGCUCAACAAAUAGUUACUGGUUUAAUUGACUGCAUACGGCAGACUGGUGGUGCUGCUCAAGAAGGGGAUCCCUCUUUGGUCUCUUCUGCUGUUUCUGUCAUUGUUGGUAGUGUAGGGCGAACUAUAGCAAGAAUACCUGAUUUUUCAGUUGGAAAUAGUCAUUCAAGCACACUGGCUACAGGUUCACUGAACUAUGCUAGAUGCAUUCUGCGAAUGCAUAUAACAUGUCUGUGCCUACUUAAGGAAGCUCUAGGAGAACGCCAAAGCCGUGUAUUUGAGGUUGCUCUUGCAACAGAAGCUUCUACUGUUCUUGCUGGAGUUUUUGCUCCUAGCAAAGCAUCCCGUGCUCAGUUUCAAAUGUCUCCAGAAGGCCAUGAUGCUGGUAUCAGUAUUUCAAAUGAUAGUGUAAACAACUCAAGUAAAGUUGUAUUCGGGAGAGCAACAAAAAUUGUGGCUGCUGUCUCUGCACUUGUUGUUGGUGCUGUUAUAUAUGGUGUUUCCAGCCUGCAAAGAAUGGUAACAGUCCUCCUGUUGAAGGAGGGUUUGGAUGUAGCACAAUUUGUAAGAAGCACAAGAUCUAAUUCAAAUGGAAAUGCACGAUCAGUUGGUGGUUACAAGGCAGAUAGUUCAAUUGAAGUUUAUGUCCAUUGGUUUAGAUUGUUUGUUGGGAACUGCAGAACCAUCAAUGAUGGAUUAGUGGUGGAACUUUUAGGUGAACCAUCUAUUAUAGCACUUUCAAGGAUGCAGCACAUGCUUCCUCUUAGAUUAGUCUUUCCACCUGCCUAUUCCAUGUUUGCUCUUGUUCUGUGGUGGCCAUUCAUUAUGAAUUCUCAUUCUGUAGCCCGUGAAGACAUGAAUCAACUUCAUCAGUCUCUAUAUGUUGCCAUAAAUGAUGUAAUAAAACAUUUACCUUUUCGAGAUGUAUGCUUGAGAGAUAGUCAAAGUCUCUAUGAUUUUAUGGCUGCAGAUGCAAGUGAUGCUGAAUUUGCAAAGUUGCUAGAGUUGAAUGGUUCGGAUAUGCAUUUCACUUCCAAGGCAUUUGUUCCUCUCCGUGCAAGGCUUUUUCUGAAUGCGAUGAUUGAUUGUAAAAUGCCACAAUCUAUGCUUCCUCAGGAUGAUGGAAGCGAGAUUUCUGGAUAUGGUGAAUCCAAGCUUCGGGACAAGAUAGUGCAUGUUUUAGAUAACCUGCAACCUGCUAAAUUUCACUGGCAAUGGGUUGAACUUAGGCUGCUUUUAAAUGAACAAGCUCUUGUUGAGAAACUGGAAGCAACUGAUAUGUCCUUAGCUGAUGCUAUACGUUUGUCCUUCCCUAAUCCAGAGAAGUCUGCUUCUGCUUCUGAGAACAAGAACAAUUUUAUUGCAAUAAUUCUCACUAGGUUACUGGUAAGGCCUGAUGCUGCAUCCCUUUUUUCAGAGUUGAUUCAUCUUUUUGGGACGUCGCUAGAGGAUUCGAUGUUGCUGCAGGCCAAAUGGUUCCUGGCUGGCCAUGGUGUUCUUUUUGGUCGGAAGACCAUUAAGCAAUGGUUAAAUAAUAUUGCGGAGAGUAAAGGCCUUUCUGUUAAGGCCCAAUAUUGGGAGCCCUGGGGUUGGUGUAAUCCUUGUACUGAACUGGGGGCCAACAGGGAGAAGUUUGAUACUGCAUCUUUUGAAGAAGGAGAAGUUGUUGAAGGGGGGAUGGAGCUGAAAAGGUGCUUGAAAAGUUUUCCUCAAGUGAUUGACCAACUGCAUGUGACUGAGAGGGCUCUUGUUGAGUUAAUUAUUCCUUGUAUAGAUCAAAGCUCUGAUGAAACUCGCAAUUCAUUUGCAAGUGAUUUGAUUAAACAAUUGAAUAGUAUUGAGCAACAAAUUUCUGCAAUUACUCGUGGGCUAAGCAAGCAAUCUGGAAAUACUCCUCCUAAAAUUGAAGGUCAGACUAAUAAAGUUAAUAGCCGCAAAGCUACAAGAGGGGGCAGCCCUGGAUUAGCUAGGAGACAAACAGCCGCAACAGAUUCUUCUCCACCUUCUCCUGCAGCUUUACAAGCUUCUUUGUCAUUACGUUUGCACUUCAUCAUGAGAUUUCUUCCUAUUCUUUGCACAGAUGGGAAGCCAUCUCUGCGGAAUAUGAGACAUGCACUUGCCUCUGUAAUUCUUCGUCUCCUUGGUAGCCGGGUUGUGUAUGAGGAUGCAGUUAUAUCUGUCAAUGCCCUGCGUGGUUCUCAGUUGAAGAGGGAGGUGGAAUCACCUUCCAAAGCUUCUGCUGGUCCUGUAGAGAUUUCUGUUGAGGGCCUCUUUGAUCGCAUGUUGUUUGUUUUGCAUGGAUUAUUGAGUAGCUGUCUUCCAAGCUGGCUUAGGUCGCCAGUUUUUUCAAAGUCGACCAGUGACACUACCUGGGAUAUUUCUGGAUUUGAUCAAGAGUUGCUGGAGACUCUGCAGAAUGACUUGGACCAUAUGCAACUGCCAGGUGCUGUAAGGUGGCGUAUCCAGGCUGCAAUGCCAGCACUUGUUCCCUCUAUGCGCUGUUCCUUGUCCUGCCAGCCGCCAUCCGUUCCAGUUUCUGCACUUUUUCCCCUCCAACACCGCACAGCAAAGCCUGUGUCUAACUCCACUAGUUCAAACACAAGAAACCCAGUUUCAUUAAGAACUGCUGCUACCACGUCUGGGAAGUCAAAACAACAGGACAAUGAUUUGGAAGUUGACCCUUGGACGCUUCUAGAAGAUGGAGCUGCGAGUAGUACGGCUACUGCAGGAAGUGGUGACCAUGUUAAUCUUCAAGCCGCAAGCUGGCUUAGAGGGGCUAUUAGGGUGAGACGGACAGACCUUACGUACAUUGGUGCUGGGGAUGAUGAGACUUGAUUCUAACAUACUCUUGCUUCCAAAUAAGUGCUGGUGUAUUAUUUGAUCCGUGCAUGAGCACUGGCAUGAAGAUGCUGGUCCAUGCAUGCCCUUCUCCAUUGUUAUUUUAUGUUGAGCCGUAGAUGAAGUGGUGGUGGUGUCGGCAUGGCUUGCCCCAUCUCCAUUGGCUCCAGCCUGGUUGACUACCAACUAACCCAUAGACCACCCUGAUCCGGACUGCGCAUUGCCCGGCAUGGUCGGAGGUUUGUAUAUAUAGGCAUGAGAUGCAUAUUUUUUCCCCUAUCUAACUUUUAUAGAGCAUAGGAGGGGUGUUUCAGCUCCAUUUGCUCCUAGGAGCCUGCUUAAGCCAUUUCUAGCUGCUUCAGGCUUAUUUUCAUCUGUGGUCCUGUUUGGAUCAUGGAAUACAAAUGUGAAUGAAAAUAAAGGUUUUGACUUCAAAAGGAAGAAUUGUUUUAUGUAUAACCAAAACUAUGCAUGGAUAAAAAAAGUAAAGACGAACGUGUUUUUGUUUACAUCAAAAUGUGGGAAUGUAAUAUUAACAUGCUUCAUUUUUUCACAAAAACAAA